AUCAUCAUCAUCAUCAUCAAUCUCUUCUUCUUCUUCCUCUCUUUUCAAUCGGAUUCCCACAUCGCCUCCUCUUCUCAAAUUAUCGAACCCACCUUGCUCUCUGAUUCAUCAACCAUGUCGUACGAUUACCUCUUCAAGUACAUAAUCAUCGGAGACACAGGUGUUGGGAAAUCGUGCCUGCUUCUUCAAUUUACUGACAAGAGGUUCCAACCAGUCCACGAUCUCACCAUUGGUGUCGAGUUCGGUGCUCGCAUGGUCACCGUCGAUGGACGCCCCAUCAAACUUCAAAUUUGGGACACCGCUGGACAAGAGUCUUUUAGAUCCAUCACCAGAUCAUAUUACAGAGGAGCAGCCGGAGCUUUACUCGUUUAUGACAUCACCAGGAGACAGACAUUUAACCAUCUGGCUAGUUGGUUGGAGGAUGCUCGGCAACAUGCAAAUCCUAACAUGAGUAUUAUGCUAAUUGGGUACAAAUGCGAUCUUGCUCACAAGAGAGCUGUUAGCAAAGAGGAAGGCGAACAGUUUGCCAAGGAACACGGCCUGCUAUUCUUGGAAGCUUCUGCAAGAACAGCUCAAAACGUCGAGGAGGAAAGUCAAUCAAUGGGUUAGAACUUGGUGAGCAAGGGUAAUCCUUAUUUUAUAUGCAUUGAAAAAAAAAACGAUGGGAUCUUAGAAAUAAAACGCGGCAGGCACAAUGUCUUUGUUUCUCGGCCGGCUCUCUCUCUCCAAGCUAUCUCUCCCGAUACACCUCACCGCUCGGUGCUUCUCAUCUUCUUCCAUCUAUUACGUCGUAAGUGCAGAUCCAUGUGGAUCCACUUUGAGGGAUGGUGAUAUUGGAAAUCUCAAUAUUCGUGCUCUCGGUGAUACCUACAGGGUUACGGAAAAGAAGGUGCCUAUGGAGUUACUGGAGGGAAAAGUAACCAUAGGAGCAUCCCAUGGCUGGGUAGCAACUAUGAAGAAUGGUGUCGUGCGUCUUCAAGAUGAUCUAGACCCAUGUGCAUCGGACACAGACCCAAAACGCAUUUCGCUGCCUCCUCUUGUAACACUGCCUCAUUGCCAAACCAAUAUUGUAACCAAUGUCGCCAUGUCCACCUCUUCUCCCGAGGAUGAAGACUGCAUUGUGGCUAUCAAGUUCAUGGGACCUCAACUCAGUUUGUGCAGGCCUGCUGAAAGAAAUUGCAAGUGGACUAACAUCAGAAUCACAGACCCUAGCUUCUUCUCCUCCCAUGUAAUGUACUCCAAGAGAGAUGACAUGUUCUCGAUGCCCGCCUCUAGAGGCCACUACACAGGAUCAUGGGAUCUUGGGAGAUACAUUCACAAACCCAAGCUUCAGAUGCUGCGGCUUCCCGAAGAUGAUCCACAUCCCGAAAUGACAAAGAGCGAGUUGCAGCGACUGGAUUCAUGUUGCAGGAAGCAACAGUACUUGGUGGAAUCAUUGCGCCCAGGUGAAACUUUUAUGGUGAAGUGGUACACGGAAAGCAGUCCCAUUAGGAAGACUUGUAGGGACUGGGACCAUUUCCUUGUCUUGAGGCUAGACGAAGAAGGAAAUGCUGUGUAUACUAAAGACAUUGGAGAUCUCUCCAUUUUCCUCUCCAAGGCUGAACCUUUCUGCCUCCCAGCUAGCUUGUACGACAGAAGCAAAAACUCUGUCUCUUCCUUAGCCGACCACGCUUUCGGAAGCAAAAACUCUGUCUAUUUCUUAGCCGACCACGAGUUCGGCAUCGUCAGAAUCCACGACAAUUCCAAGAAAGGUAGACCUUUCACUUGCCCCUUGCCUUAUUUUUUCCCACCUCUAUCUCCACCUAUAAAAUACUAAGUGGUGUCUCACUCUAUUUCUUGUUUUGAUGAACCCUCGUAAUCUAUAAAAGACAAUGGUUAUUUCUCCA